UGAUGAAUAUUUUGCAUAUAAAUAAAAUAACAAAUUAUUGCACAUUUUGAUUACAGCUACAGCUGAUUGCUUCUUCAGACGGCGUAUUCACAGAUAAUACACCCUUUAAUCUGUCUGGAAUGCACAUUUUAUCUAGCCUGGAGAACAAUAGAAACGCCGCAGUUUGUGGCGUCAAGUGACAGCAAAGUAACCAAAAGUAGCGUAGGCGAAAUUGGGAAUAAUUAAUUACAUAGGUAAGUCAUAAAAUUUUGGCAGCUUCUCCAGUCUGACAUAAAACUUGAAAGAACUUAGUAGCAUCGCUGUGAAUUCGGUGGGGUGAUUGGUUCCAAUUUUCUCUCUUCAUUUUGAUAAUGUUCAGCUAGAAAAUUUUGUUAUCACAAGAAAGAGACAUAUGGAGGAAUAAGUGAAUCGCAAUGAGUUCAAACGCGGAAAGAUAUCGCAUCGCUAAAUUAUUGGUCAAAACGCUCUUGGUACAAAUUCUAAUUUUACAAAGAGCGAGUGCAGCUGUAGUAGGUCAUAAGGAAGAUUAUCAAAGUUCGGCUACCGGCGAAGGACUGUACAGCACUAGUGAUGGUAUAUUUAUUUUGAAUGCGACUAAUCUAAAGUCAAAUAUUUACGAAAGCAAGACUGCAUGGCUCGUCGAGUUCUACAACAGCUGGUGCGGAUAUUGUCAUCGAUUUGCACCAACUUGGAAGGCCCUUGCUCAAGAUAUAGAGCAUUGGAAGGACAUUGUUGUGAUAGCGGCAAUGGACUGUGCAAACGAUGACAACAACCCAGUUUGUCGGGAUUUUGAAGUCAUGCACUACCCCAUGCUGAAGUUCUUCUCAGUUGAUGCCAAAGUUGGGAAUCUUGGAAUAGAACUCGACAGUGGAAAAGAUAUGAAUACCAUAAGACACAACUUGGUCAAUCGCUUAGAGAAAGAACAGCAGGAAGACCGAGGUUCCACUUGGCCAAAUAUUGCGCCAUACAGGAGUUCUGACACAAAGAAUCUAUGGAAGGAUAUUCCAGAGAGUGUAAAAUACAACUUCCUCAUAUUUGAGGUUGUGGAUUCCUAUCUAGCAACAGAGGUGACGUUAGAUUUGCACAAGUUUGAUAGCUUGCAAGUUCGUGGUGUAACAUCUGAAAAUGAACCGCUCACCAUAUCGUUGGGAGUAAACAAAUUUCCAACCGUAAUUGCACUAGGUCGCGACGGCACGCAGCAGACUAUUAACGCUCGAUAUCUGACAAGAGAAGGGCUUCGAAAAGCAAUUAAAGACUUCCUCAUGCUCACAGGUAUAGUGAUAGGGAACCCUGAAGAUCAUUCCAAAGAUGGAACUCUAACUAAAUCCACGGAAGCUCCAAACAAAAUCGAAGAAGCUAAAGACGAAAAAGAAUUAGAAGAAAUAAGAACUAUUGGAGAUGUUCUUUUUCAGUUGGACUUAGAAACUGCAUUGAGAUAUUCAAUUGAACAUGAAAUUCCGAUGAGCAAAGUUAUAGAUGGAGAGAAACUUGAGGCUCUUAAAGCCUAUCUGAACGUAUUGGCUAAAUAUUUCCCCCUAAGGCGUAGCGGCGUUUUGUUUCUGGAUGCUUUGCGAGAAAUAAUUGAUCGACGUAAGAGUUUAUCCGGUGUAGAGCUCAGACAGAUAAUUAAAUCGGUUGAAGAAGAAAUGUCUCCAAUAUAUUCAGGGCCAAAAAGAUGGAUAGGGUGCAAGGGAAGUAUGGAACAUUUACGAGGCUACCCCUGCGGACUUUGGACAAUGUUUCACAUGCUCACCGUUAACGCAGCAAACCAUAAUAAAAAUAUAAAAGAAUAUCCCCCGCAGGAAGUGCUACGAGCUAUGUACGGUUAUAUAAAACACUUUUUUGGGUGCUCCGACUGUUCGCAACACUUUGUAGAAAUGGCCGCUAAGGAUAAAAUGUUCCAAGUUCAAACCAUCGAUGAAGCCAUCCUUUGGCUCUGGAGGUCGCACAAUCAGGUCAACAAAAGAUUGGCCGGAGACGAAACCGAAGAUCCGGAGUAUAAGAAAAUUCAAUAUCCUUCCAAGGAACAGUGCUCAACUUGCAGAUACAGCAAUAGUAGCUGGAACGAAGUCAAAGUGCUGCGUUAUAUGUAUCGGAAAUAUAGUUACACGGGAAUAAACUAUUACAAUUCAAGCGGCAAGCCCGACGACGAUGACACUGGAGAUGACCUCAAAAUCAGACAGGGAAGAUUUGCGUUAGACAAAUAUACCGGUCAGCGGAGAUUAGGAUGGGAUUUCACGAUAUUUGAUAUAAGCAUCUGUGUGGUAUUGUACGUGAUGUCAGCGACUAUACUCGUAUUAGUUUGCAUAAAAUUUGCUGUAAAAAGGACUUACAGAAAAAAAACUUACAUACACGACCUUUUCGGCAAAGUAUGAUUCACAUGAUCAUGAGGUAUGAUUAUAUUAUUUGGAGAUCUAUUGUUUCAGGAUACAAGAUAGAUUUAUAGUUGACCCCGGUAGACUUGCGAUCGUGCAUAAGAUGUUUUAACAGCUUCUUAGAUAUCUUAUUAAUUACAUAAGUUAGAAGAAAAAUAUGGUACAACUUGAUUUUUAAGGUCACUCUGUUAGAUCACGGUAUCUCGUUGUAAAGUAAUUUCAUAUAAUUGCUUUUUAGUGAAAUGAUCGUUAAAAUGUUCGAAAUUAAGUCCACGCGCUGCAGCUCGUCCAAAGUCUUUUGAUGUGAAAGCAUAUGUUAUGUAAAUAAUCGUGUUUAUGUGUUGAAUGAGUAUCAUUAGCUAAUACUUUGUGUAAAUAAUUUUGAGUUGGAUCAUAGUUUGUGAUAAAAACAAUAUAUAAUUGAAUUUAUUCCAGUGACACAACAUUUAACACAAAAUUAUAAAUAAGUUUACAUCGAUUCCACAAUAAACGUUUUCGAUAAAUAA